GUUCACACUACUGUCUGCCCCCACGAACGCCCGGGUAACCUACGCUGCGGCUAGCCGUAGCCAGCUGGCCCAGACUCCAACGGUGGCGGUAACUUCGGCGCUUUUUACAAACGCCCCAUGUCGUCGGACGGGCUUCAGCCUGAAGCCGGCAUCUUCUAUGGCGUAUGCUGGAUGGCUGUCAUUGUCCGACUCAUCUCGCGCAGGCUACACCGUGGAGCAUGGAAGCGCUUACAGCUGGAUGAUUACUUGAUUCUUGUGGCCAUGGCCACAGAUACUGUGCUCAACAGUGUCAUGCAUGAGAUUACCAAAACCAGUAGCAAUUUGAUACCGCCCGGCGACGAUAUUUCACAGUAUUCUCAGGCUGAGAUCAAGAACCGCAUUUACGGAUCCAAGCUGGUCUUGGUGGUAGAGCAGAUGCAGAUCCUCACAAUCUGGCUGGUCAAGGCCUGUCUGCUCAUCAUGUACGAACGCAUGACUCUAGUCCUCCCACAACACAAGAUCGUUAUUGGCACCUCUAUCUAUGUGGCUGUGUCAUUUGUUGUCAUGGAGAUAUUAUAUCUCGGCGUGUGGUGUAGGCCAUUCAACCAGUACUGGGCGGUCCCUCCAAACUCCAAACAAUGCUCUGCGGCUACAAACCACCUCAUCGCCAAUGCUGUCUUCAACAUUUCCAGCGAUUUGAUUAUAAUAAGCAUACCCAUGCCACUUUUGUUCAAGAUCCGCUUGCCAAAGAAGAACAAGAUGAUUCUAUGCAUGAUAUUCUGUAUCGGAAUGUUUACCAUUGUCGCUGCUGCCCUCAACAAGUACUACUCGUUUACCCAUCCCUUUGGGAAUGAGUGGACUAUCUGGUACUUGCGGGAAUCCUACACAGCUAUCCUCUGCGCCAACCUUCCCCUUACCUACCCACUUAUCCAACGCAUUUUCCGCCUUCGCAACUGGAGCGCGAAUACUUACAAUUCCGACGCGGCUGGUACCGUCUCCAUCGCCCAACCACCACAGCCCUCGCAACAUUCCCGCACGUAUUGGCAUGAACCGAGAACAACAGAAAUACCCAGAGGGUUCAGAGAUGUCUUCCGGCGAACAGAAAGCCAAGAAGACAUAAAUGGUGGCUUGGGGAAGCAAAAAGAAGACCAUGACCCGGAUUUCAUCACAAGCGCCAUUGAAAUGGAAGAUACGCGAGCGCCACAUGCGUCGCACAUGAGCGCCCCUGCAAGUUGGCGGACCUCGCGCAGUGCGGAGGAUAAUACCAAGAGCCCUGAUCUAUUUCACCCCGUUUGA